AUGUUGGUGGUUGCGUUGGUUCUUUUGUCCCUGGGAGCCUCGCUCGCCGAGCCCUGGUGGAACAACGCUAUCUACUAUAGAUUACUAGUUGACUCUUUCAAGGAUCUCGAUGGAAACGGCCUUGGAGAUUUAGAAGGAGCUACAAAACAGCUAAGUUACGUACGCGCCAUAGGAGCUGAUGCUGUAAUCUUAUCUCCCAUCUCCGAGAAAAGCUUAGACUGUAAUUCACCCGGGACCAUCGAUUUUGUUAACAUUGAAACAAGAUAUGGUACUAUCGAUAACUUUAAUGCACUGCUGGCUAAAGCAAAUAAAUUAGAGCUCAAAGUUUUGAUAACAUUACAGCUACAGACCGUAAGCUCGAACUCAAUUCUAUUUAAUUCAAGCGCAGAAAGAAAGACUGGGUUUGAAGAUGGAAUUGUAUGGAUCAGUGGAGCAGCUGAGGAGCCACCGGCCAGUCGGGCGUUUAGAAACUGGACGUGGCAUGAAUACAGAGGAGCUUAUUAUGCAACUGUUAACAAAGAGGCGAUAUUAAAUAUUUGCUCUGAAAGUGUCGUUGCCAUGCUAUCUGAUGCAAUGUGCGAGUGGUUGAAGAGAGGAGCCGCUGGAGUUCUGAUUAAUCCAGACUUUUUAAUGAAUUACGAAUGUGGUGAAAGACUUGUUAAAAGAAUGGCGAAAGAAGCCAUGGCUUGCUCUGGGAAUCAAAAUUAUGAUGCGCCGGUUAUUUUAGUAGAAUCCUCUCUGGAGCCGGAAGUCGCUACUAAAUAUUACGCUGAGGGCGGUGUAGGUGCCAAUAGUGUAAUAAGUUAUGCCUUUUCUACAAAAGCCAAACGGCCGGCUGUUGGCUUGGCGCUAGACCUGCACGCCGCGUUGUUGUAUUCACCACAAGAUACGACCCCCGCUUGGCUCACCAGUAGAUCCGACGGAAACCGAAUAGCCACUCGUUAUGGCAGCGAAAUGGUUGAUGCUGUAAUACUAUUAACCUUGAUUCUUCCUGGCUCUGUUAUCAUUCAACAAGGAGAUGAGCUAGGAGUUGCAGACACGUUACUUGAUUGGACAGAUACUACCAAUUGUUGGCCAAUGGAUUAUAUUCCUUCGGCUGCUCCCUUUCCGUGGGAUAAUAGCCCUAAAGCUAAUUUCACGACGGGAGAACCCUGGAUGCCGUUACCUCCAAAUUACAGAUAUAAGAACGCAAAAUCUGAAUAUGGUAAUGAAUUGAGCCAUGUCAGUGUAAUGAAGAUAGCAUCAGCAAUGAGAAAAUCUGCAGCUAUUUGGCCACACGUUGAGAUAAAAGUAUUAAGUGAUGCGCUGGCGAUACUGAGGUGGGGUGGGAGUGGGUCGCUGUUAGUCGUGUCUAAUCUUGGUGCUGGACUGACUGAGGCUCAGCUUUCCAAGAUUCCUGGCCUACCAGCUGAAAUGACAGUAGCGGCAAGUUCUGGAGGAUCUAGUUUAUCACCCGGCAACCAUGUUACUGUAGGAAAGACGUUAAAAUUGUCUCAUGGGGAAACCGUGCUGCUGGUUGGACCUCCGAGACACUGCGGUGGACCAGGACCAGUGGAUAAAAUCACAAGCAAACUCUCAGAGGGAUGGCAGAAAAUCAACAAGUACUUCAACAUCUGA